CCGCGCGAGGCCGGAGCGGAGGCAGCACCACGUGACGCCGCGUUCCGUCACGGUGCCGCUGCCGCUGUCCCUUCCUCGCCAUCUUCUGUCAGAGGAGCCCGAUCGUUCACCCCGCCUGCCCGGCUCCGCGGAAGGCGGCAGCUUUGCCCCAUUUGUCGGACCGGACCGAGCGCACGCUCCCACACCCGGGAAGGGACAGGGAGUAUAAGGAAUAAGCAACACUCACGACACGCUGGAGGAACUCAACAGGUCGGGCAGCAUCCGUGGAAAUGAUCAGUCAAUGUUUCGGGCCGGAACCCUUCGUCAGAAAUAAGUAGGAAGGAACUGCUACCUAAAGAAAAAUAUAACUGGGUCAUAAUAUGAGCAGUCCAGUUAAUUUUGGAUGAUUGAAAGGGGCUUGGAUCAGCAAAUGAAUGAAGCAAUGCAGCAAGUGUUGGACAACCUCAAUGAGUUGCCCACCUCAACGGGAGCGAAGGAGAUAGAUCUGAUCUUCCUCAAAGGAAUAAUGGAGAGUCCAAUUGUCAGAUCUCUUGCCAAGGCUCAUGAACGACUUGAAGACACCAAGCUAGAAGCUGUGAGAGAGAAUAAUGUGGACCUUGUGAAGCAAAUUCUUGAGGAGAUCAGCUGUGUCGUCCAUCAGAAUGAGUAUGCGGCAGAGUUGGCUACAAUUCUCAAGGCGCCACACUUUCAGUCACUUUUGGAAGCCCAUGAUUUAGUUGCAUCAAAGUGCUAUGAAACACCACCCUCAAGCCCCAGUCUGCUAAACGAUUCCUUGUGUAACCAGACGGCAUCAGGGGAUGCGGUUCGCAUGAUUGGAAUUCAGAAGAAAGCUGGUGAACCUUUGGGUGUUACCUUUAGGGUGGAGAACAGUGAGCUGGUAAUUGCAAGGAUUCUUCAUGGUGGUAUGAUUGACCGGCAAGCUCUUCUCCAUGUGGGGGAUAUCAUUAAGGAAGUCAAUGGCAUUGAAGUUGGAUCUGACCCAAAGGUACUGCAAGAAAUGCUGAAGGAUUGCAGCGGUGGAAUCUCGUUUAAGAUUUUGCCCAGUUAUAAAGAAACUCCUGUGCCCUUGCAGGUCUUUGUGAAAUGCCAUUUUGAUUACAAUCCAGCCAAUGACAGUUUAAUCCCAUGCAAAGAUGCAGGGUUGAAGUUUUCUAGAGGGGACAUCCUUCAAGUUGUGAAUCGAGAAGAUCUCAACUGGUGGCAGGCUUUUCACAUGAAGGGAGGAGGAAGUGCAGGUCUAAUUCCCAGCCAGAUGUUGGAAGAAAAAAGGAAAGCCUUUGUUAAACGGGACUGGGAUCUCUCAGGUUCCUCUGGGCCAUUUUGUGGAAUAAUAACUGGUAAAAAGAAGAAAAAGAUGAUGUACCUCACAACAAAAAAUGCAGAAUUUGAUCGGCAUGAAAUUAUGAUCUACGAGGAAGUAGCGAGGAUGCCACCAUUUCAGAGAAAGACUCUAGUGUUGAUAGGAGCGCAAGGUGUGGGACGACGAAGUUUAAAAAAUCGGCUCAUCGUAAUGAAUCCCAUGCGGUUUGGAACAACUGUCCCAUUUACUUCAAGGAAACCAAGAGAUGAUGAGCAGGAUGGGCAUGCUUACAGAUUUGUAUCAAGAGCAGAAAUGGAGGUGGACAUAAAAGCUAGCAGAUACCUGGAACAUGGGGAGUAUGAAGGAAACCUUUAUGGGACAAAGAUCGACUCCAUUCAUGAGGUUGUUCACACAGGACGAAUGUGCAUUUUGGAUAUUAAUCCACAGGCACUGAAGAUAUUGAAGACAGCUGAAUUUAUGCCGUAUAUUGUGUUUGUUGCUGCUCCUGAAUUAGAAACACUUCGUGCCAUGCACAAAGCUGUCAUUGAUGCUGGCAUCACAACUAAACUUCUAACAGACACAGACUUGAAAAAGACAGUAGAUGAAAGUGCUCGAAUUCAGCGAGCGUAUAGCCACUACUUUGAUUUGACCAUUGUCAAUGAUAACUUGGACAAGGCUUUUCAGAAGCUACAGACUGCAAUAGAAAAACUCUUUAUCGAGCCACAAUGGGUCCCGGUUAAUUGGGUGUACUAAUACAUUGAGGAUUAAAUCUUUUCUUGGUUGCUUCAAUAACAAUUGAAUAACAUUAUCACAUCAGAUGCAGAGGCAGGAAAGCUCUGUUUUAUCUCAUGCCUUUAUAUUCUUUCUAGAUUUUGUUUAUAGUACACUAUUUUGGCAUUUUAUAUAAAUAACUGAAGGGAAAGUGUUCUUAUAAAUGUAAUUUAUUUUAAUUUUUUUCUAACUUUUUACAGAUGGUGUUUGUAUCCAUACAUAUCAAGUGAAGGAAAAUAAGUUGCAAUGAAAUUCUUAUUUGCCUUCAAGUAUCUAGUUUACAGACAUAUAUUCGAGUCUUAAGCUUUUCUGAUGCAAAGUAAAUUCUUUUUUUCAGAUUUCAAACUUCUAAUUGGCCAUAAAGUUAUUGGUUAACUAAAUCUCUCUUGAAUGUUUCACCUGAAGGUUUGCAUCAAGUGAUGUAUAAUUUCUGCAAUACUUGCAGAUGAUGAAAUCCUUUAGAAGGUGUUAGCAGUUAAUACAUAGCUACAGUCUAUUCCAAAAGUGUAGCGAGUCGUCCUCCCAUUUGAUAUUUGUAAAGAACAACUUAAGCUGAUCUCUGGCCUCGAAUUGUCACCAUUUUAUCUCGUCACCAAUUCUGCCUGUGUCAUUUGAGUUCAAGUUGAAUAUAGGCAAUCCCUGUGUAUUUACUAUUCUGAAAAAGCAGAUUGCAAGUUGAUAUCAUUAUCAAGUAGUUCAAAAGUUCAAAGUUAAUUUACUAUGAAAAUACGUACAUGUCACCAUAUGCUACCCUGAGAUUUAUUUCCUUGCAGGCAUUCACAGUAGAGCAAAGAUGAUGAUGACUGUUCUUGAUUCUGUUUUCUAAGGAUAAACGUUUAUCAGUUACUUUAUCCCAAUUUUGAAAAUGUCUUGCAUUUGUAUAGAGCUUUCAGUGCAAUGGUGAAUGCCAAGGUGCUGCAUGACAACCUCCAGCACUACCUGGCAGAUAUGCUAAAGAGUGAGGUAGACAACUUUAGUGUUAGAGCUAUUAUGGCUGGUCAGUAAACUGCAAUUCUGGAUGGCUUCCACUAUGCCUUUAAAUAUCUCCCUCUUCUAUCACUUGGAACUGUGCUAAUUAGUUAACCAGCAUAAUUAUUGUUUGUCUUCUUGAAGGAAUUAGAAGACAGUUUGUGAGAUUGAAACCCAAGUCAAGUCUUCUGUUUUGUCAAUUAUGAUCCAGGAUGCAUUGUGGGAUGUAAUUGGCUAAGAGUGCUCUUGCACUACUUAAAAAAAAACUAAAGCCAGGGCUUGUCACCAUUUCUUGUGGUCAUUGUCAUUUCCUCAGUCACAGAAUUGGUAUUUCUACAGACAUUACCUUUUCAUCCCAGCCAAAGGACCAAUACAGCUGAUCUUUCACGUAUGUCAUUCCUUUCUGGUAACUGUUAACUGUUGAAUUACAAACCCUCCUUUUGUGUCAUGCUGACUAGUGUGAUUCAGAAGUACUUUAGUCAUGCAAUAGGCUGAAACAAUUCCUUUUCACCUGAAAGUAGCCGUCAGCUAUUUUUAACUAAAAAUGAGCAAAACAAACAUAACCUUAAAAUAUGUUUUUUAAAUUAAGUAGAAAUUGUCCAAAUCAGAAUGCAUGAAUGGCCCACAUCUAUCUUAACAGUGGUGGCAAUUUUAAAAAUUCUUAUAGCUGUUAGUUGUCAAUUUAAGGUCAUUUUGGAUUCUGAACUGUGCUACACUUGAAUGGAAUAGACUGUGGAAUGGACUCUGUUCUCAAUCACUAUUUACACAACUCCUUAACAGCUUAUUAACCCACUGUAGUGAAGGCAAGACAGUAGGCAAGGACUUCCAUCCUAGUGAUCGAUUGGUUAUUCAGCCAAUUGAUAGGGUUACACAUCAUGUUCUCAGUAUGAGGAGCUGAACUAGUUUCUUUUGCCAGAUCAGAUUGUUAUCCUGAUUUUUUAAAUGCAACUGUAGAUUUGUUAUAAAAUGAAACCUUUUGUACAUAAUGUGUUGCUUCCAGUGUUAUGUAACUUAUUGCCCAUGACUAAUCUUUAGAUAUUUGAUUAGAAACAGGUGAGGGGAUAUUGAACCCUUUCAUCCUUCCAGCAAAGUUUACACAGAGAAAUAUUUUAGUAUUUCAGAAAUUCUAGUAUUUGUAUUUUUAUGAUUUUGUUUUUUAGUUGUGAUGUUAAGCAUACCUUGUAUGCUGAGAUAAGGAGCCUAACUUUAGCUAGAUAUUUUAAAUACUUUAUGAAUGAAUUGUGCUGGUGAUUAUGUUAUUCUGUGUUGCUUUUUUGUUGAGCUACAUUUUGAACGAUGUAGUUUUUUAUAUUUUAUUGGACGUUUUCUGUUCUGGUUUGCUGCUUAUGUUUUUGUUUCACCUUUUCUUUGUCCCUCCAGGUUAAUCUGUGAAGAUCCGGAUUUCCAGUUCAGUUGUUUUUUUUUAAUAUUCAUUCAACACAUUCCGUGCCCCAUAACACUAAAAAUAAAAGCUCAUUUAUCUGAGCUAUGAGCCAGCUACAUAUCAGAAGUCCUCUUUAUUCUGCAGCUUUAUAAUGGUCAAUUUGUGGAAUGCUUAACUAAAUAUUGCUAAAGCUUGGCAAUCCUGUCCUGCAAGGAAAUUUGCAGGAGAUAAUAGAGACAUGAAGAUUAACAUCUAGAUGGAAGUGGCUUUUAUCCAUUUAUAUAAGCAUUGGAUCAGAAAAAAAUCUUCUGAAAGUGAAUGCUGGUAAGGAAGAUUUCCAAUAAAAGAAGUCUCUAGUACAAUAAAAGAAAUUCUACUUUGUGGAUGUUGAUGAUGAGGUUUGAAAGUUCUGUUUUGGAAGGGAAGGGGACCAGCUGAAGGAUGUUUGAAUAAUCAUUUUGUGGGAAACAGAGGAACUAAGGAAAUACAAAGUUUCAGUAUU